GUUACGUCAUAAGAAUCUAGUUUAUGGUUUCUGUUUUCUCUCUCUAAAACUCUAGAAAGAGAGAGCAAGCGUGUGGGGAUGAUGAAUGGUGGUUGAAUGAUUCAUUUCUCGCCCUCUUUGUUUGACUUUCCAUUCAUUUCUGUUUCAAUCACACUUUCUUCACCAUUUCUAUUCUGGCAUCUGCGUGUGUGUGAGAGCUUCUUCUUUUUUUCUCUUUUUCUUCUUCUUCUUCCAUUCAAUUGUAGUUAACCGUUCAAAAUCUUUAUCUCAGAUUUCCAUUUCUGGUAUAUGAAUGAGCCUUCGCAUCAAAUUCUGUGCAGGAUUUUUCAUUUUACCAUUUUUCACUUUUCUUUUUGGUUUGAGUGGACUGGGUUUGUGGUAGUCCUUUUGUGGCUGUUUGUGGGGUGUUUUUGAUUCCCCAAACAAAGUUAUCUUUUUUCUUUUCUGCCUUCUGUGUGUUUGAUUAUUUACCAACUCAGAUUUGCGUUUUUGUGUGACAAUUAUGGGUUGUGCUAAUUCCAAGCAAAAGGGGUGUCAACAUUGUCACUGCGACGGCCCUUACUAUUCCUCUGUGCCUAGAAGCUUCUCAGUGCAUGUACAUCACCCUCCUCAAAGCAAAGGAGACAGUUACCAUGUUGUGGCAUUGACAUCAACCACUCUAGGUUCUCUGGACCAGGAGCCUCACAUCAACCAUGGCAAUGGUUUAAGGUUUCCCAGUGGCAAGGUCAUUGACAGUGACAGUUUCAGGCCACGGAAUGAGGAGGAGGAGGAAGAGGAAGAGGAAGAGGAAAAGGGAAAGAGACAGAGAGAGGAAAAGACAUGGUCUGAAAUGAUUGAGCAAAUGUUGCCAAAAGCAAUUAUGAAGACUCCAAUCUCAACACCGCCUUGUGAGCCAGAGACUAUCAACACGUGGGAACUGAUGGAAGGCCUUGAAGACACAAGCCCUUAUAGAUCACCGAAGCACCUCAAGAGUUUCUCUUUUGAUGUUAAUUUCAAAGGCCAUGUUCAUGAUCCACCCAAGCCUUGUGGGUUCGUUAAGAAUGGCAACGAUUCAGCCAAAUCAAUAUGCAAUCAGAAGAGUGAAGAGGAGGAGGAGGAGGAGGGAUCAAAUGGUUGUUCAGUUCUCAAGGCUGCAGCUUCAAAUUUUGAUGAUCCGCAAGUGGUUGUUGUUUCCUCAUCAGAUGAAUCAUUGCAAGGGAACAUGGCCAGAAAGGGGUUUUCGUUUUCUACUGAGGAAGAGAAGAAGAUCAGCAAUGAUGAUGAUGUUGUGGUGGAUUUGAAGGCUACACCAUUUAAGAAGGAGAAGGUGGUGUUGUAUUUCACUAGCCUGCGUGGUGUGAGAAAGACUUAUGAGGAUUCCUGCCACGUGAGGCUAAUUCUAAAGGGGUUAGGUGUGAGGGUGGAUGAGAGAGAUGUGUCGAUGCAUUCAGGGUUCAAGGAGGAGCUCAAAGAGCUAUUGGGUCAUGGAUAUGGCAAGGGAGGAUUAGGAUUGCCAAGGGUGUUUAUUGGGAGGAACUACGUUGGUGGAGCAGAAGACAUUCAACAACUGCAUGAGGAUGGAAAACUUGAGAAAUUGCUUGAUUGUUGUGAGAAGAUUAAAGACAAUGUUGAUGAUGAGGGAGUAUGUGAGGCUUGUGGGGAUGUAAGGUUUGUGCCAUGUGAAACUUGCUAUGGAAGUUGUAAAAUCUACUAUGAAGGUUAUGAUGAUGAAGAAGAAGAAGAUGAUGGUGAGGUUGGUGAGUAUGGAUUUCAUCGUUGCCCUGACUGCAAUGAAAAUGGACUGAUCCGCUGCCCCAUCUGCUGCUACUAGUUCCCACUUUCUGCAUCAAAUUCACAAGAGAAAAGAAAAUCCAGAUUGAGCCGAGUAGGAUGAAUGUGAGUGAGAAUGAUCAUGAUGACAUUUAAUUUAACACAGGGAAGAGGAAGGAGAUACAAGAGUGAACAAUAACGUGCUCUAAUUAUGCAGAACCAGUUCAAUCUACUGCAUACUGUAUACUUUUCUUCAUUUUCCAUUUCAGAAAGCAAAAAAGGCUUGGUGUA